UUUUCUCCCUUGCACCGAACAAAAGCCCCCAAGCUGUUGACAGCCCUCCCUUGAAAAAAACCGAAAAUCCCGGAUCUGCUCUGCUCCUUCCUUCCUUCCGUCGGCUGCUCUUGCUUGUAGGUGUGAUUUUUUCGGUUCUGGUUCUUGAUCGUUUUGUCACCCUAGCACUUGGGUUAAGCUUUCUGUUCUAUGCGAUUUAAGGUAAGUAAAUUAGGUAAUGCUCUUCGAUUUUAAAGCGUACUUUAAAUUGUUUUUGAGAUGGUGGCAAGGUUUAAAUUGAUUUUAAAUUGAUUUUAUUAACACCAAGCAUGAUUGAUUUGAAAUGGAAUUAUUUUUUGUUUUCAUUGAGUAGAGUAUGCCUACUUGGAAUUUACUGAACUGCUCUGAUAAUUUGAGAAUUUUUGUAAAUUAUGAUUUUCUGUUAAAUCCAUGCCCACAUGGAAUUUUCUGGUUAUUUUUGAAAUUUGAGAUUGAUUGUGAAUUACGGAUUUCUUUUGUAAAUUCUGCAUGGUUUUGUCUCUGAUAUGGUCAUGUUUUAUUGUGCCCGCUAGUGGGAGGUUUAUAAACGCUAGCACAUGUCGACAUGUUUACUGAUAGGACCGGUUCAUUCUGUAAUCCUACCAAUGGAAUAAUACAUUGGUUAUUACUGAAAUCAUGCCAAUGGGAUAAAACAUUGGUUACUACUGUGCCAUUUAGUGGGAGGUUUGUAAAUGCUGGCCAUGACUUAUAGAUGAGACUACUACUGAAUUUUCUUCUACAUUAACGGUUUAUCAUUGAACGCUUUCUAUUGAACUGAAUUUGAUUCUAUAUUAAUGGUUUAUCAUUGAACAUUUUGUUAUGGUAAACUGUUUAUCAGGCAUGCUAAAAUUUUACUCACGGGCUAUCCAUAUUUUUACUUACUGAGAUAUUUUAUCUCAUAAUUUUCCUUGUCCACCAUUUUAGGAAGUGAAGUCAAGGAUGGGGAAAAACGAGGGGAGUGACGAGUUAGAAGGCUAGCCAUCUUGUAAAUUGAACAUGGAUUUUAGAUAUAAAUCAUGAUCUUGUAAACAAGACUUUAUUUGGAGAUUUUAUGAUAUCAGAGCAAAUUUUAGAAUUUUAUCUUCAGAUUUUGUGGUAUGAUAAGUACCAAGCCUUGUGCAUUUGUGGGACUCUCUCACAAGUGUACGGUGUCUACCAUGUCCCCGGAUUUGGGUUCUGGGGUGUGACAGGCAACUUCAUCAAAAUUUUCAUGCAGCUGCCUAUUACUUGAAUCUUGCUUUUUUCUAUGAUAAGAGAAAUUUUCAACUAGAAAAGAAAAGUCAUGAAAGGUUUUAUGGAUGUUGUGGAUGCAAAAGUACCAUCUCGGAGGUUUAAAUUUUUGAAUGAGUGUGAGUUAUAUGACAAAAAAAUGGAAAGCUUUGGUCAUGAAAAUGCUCUUGAAUCCUCAAAAACUAUGAAACCCAAUAAGAUUUCAAAUUUUCA